CUUGUUCCCAGAUUUCAUCUACUGACAUACAUUGUCGCAUGUCGAACUUCAUUUUCUCUUAAACUUAUCAAAGGCAUGGCAAGAAUGAAUGGUGAAGCUAUUGGACGUGGAUGGUCUAACAUGAAUCCUGUUGCUACCAACACAUGGGAAAUGGGUCCAGGGUCAAGAUGCGACAUCUUGGAUGAUCAUUUCGGUGAUCAAAAUUGGUUUAAAGUGUCUAACUUAGGUCCAUGCUUCUCAAAAAAACUCAAGAAGGCAAUUCUGGAAUGCAAUCAGCAUGCUGUAGAUAUUCAAAACUUUAAGGAAGUCAUCUCAUCUUUGAGUCUCAGUGCCUGGCAGAUGAUGGUAGAAGAAUGGGAGGGUGAUCAUUCAAACCUGAACCCUUUCAAGAUUGAAGCUUCAGAUAUGUUUUCACUUAUAUGA